AUGUCUCAGCCACACCAGUACCAAGGCGUCAAGCUCCCCCAUCAUGAGAAGCAUCCAGCCAUGUCUCAGCCACACCAGUACCAAGGCCUCCAGCUCUCCCAUCAUGAGAAGUGUCCAGCCAUGUCUCAGCCACACCACAGUAUCAAGGCGUCCAGCUCUCCCAUCAUGAGAAGUGUCCAGCCAUGUCUCAGCCACACCAGUACCAAGGCGUCAAGCUCCCCCAUCAUGAGAAGCAUCCAGCCAUGUCUCAGCCACACCAGUACCAAGGCCUCCAGCUCUCCCAUCAUAAGAAGUGUCCAGCCAUGUCUCAGCCACACCACAUCAGAAGGUCAGGAAAGGCAGAGUAUACAGGCAGAAGGUCAGGGAAGGCAGAGUAUACAGGCAGAAGGUCAGGGAAAGGACAGUAUACAGGCAGAAGGUCAAGGAAGGCAGAGUAUACAGGCAGAAGGUCAGGGAAGGCAGAGUAUACAGGCAGAAGGUCAGGGAAAGGACAGUAUACAGGCAGAAGGUCAAGGAAGGCAGAGUAUACAGGCAGAAGGUCAGGGAAGGCAGAGUAUACAGGCAGAAGGUCAGGGAAAGGACAGUAUACAGGCAGAAGGUCAAGGAAGGCAGAGUAUACAGGCAGAAGGUCAGGAAAGGCAGAGUAUACAGGCAGAAGGUCAGGGAAGGCAGAGUAUACAGGCAGAAGGUCAGGGAAAGGACAGUAUACAGGCAGAAGGUCAAGGAAGGCAGAGUAUACAGGCAGAAGGUCAGGGAAGGCAGAGUAUACAGGCAGAAGGUCAGGGAAAAGACAGUAUACAGGCAGAAGGUCAAGGAAGGCAGAGUAUACAGGCAGAAGGUCAGGGAAGGCAGAGUAUACAGGCAGAAGGUCAGGGAAAGGACAGUAUACAGGCAGAAGGUCAAGGAAGGCAGAGUAUACAGGCAGAAGGUCAGGGAAGGCAGAGUAUACAGGCAGAAGGUCAGGGAAAGGACAGUAUACAGGCAGAAGGUCAGGGAAAGGACAGUAUACAGGCAGAAGGUCAGGGGAGGCAGAGUAUACAGGCAGAAGGUCAGGGAAAGGACAGUAUACAGGCAGAUAGUCAGGGAAAGGACAGUAUACAGGACGAAGGUCAAGGAAGGCAGAGUAUACAGGCAGAAGGUCAGGGAAGGCAGAGUAUACAGGCAGAUAGUCAGGGAAAGGACAGUAUACAGGCAGAAGGUCAAGGAAGGCAGAGUAUACAGGCAGAAGGUCAGGGAAGGCAGAGUAUACAGGCAGAAGGUCAGGGAAAGGGCAGUAUACAGGCAGAAGGUCAAGGAAGGCAGAGUAUACAGGCAGAAGGUCAGGGAAGGCAGAGUAUACAGGCAGAAGGUCAGGGAAAGGACAGUAUACAGGCAGAAGGUCAAGGAAGGCAGAGUAUACAGGCAGAAG